AUGUACUUCAUCACGGCUUUAAGCCUGUUCCUCUUGAGUUGGAGUGGUCUGUUUCUUAUCGAUUUCGUUCUCAAAGGUCUUUCAAGACGAUAUGUGCAAUUUGUUGAGAAACACGACGUACAGAUUUCUCCUUUACAGCUUCGAUUCUACACUCACAAAUAUGAUGGUCGUUUGAUGCCGGGAGUGGGCGAAAGUGAAGACCGAUCGCUUUCUCGUCGAGUUGGCCUCAUUCUUUUUUCUUUAUGGUUCGAUAUUGGAGUUGUUGUCGCGAUCGCUUGUUGUAUUUUCAUGGUCAUCUACUUGAGUUGGCAACUUUGGCCAGCAAUCGGCGCAAUGUUCUCAACGCUCGUUUAUCAGAAAUCCGUGGAAACACCAAGACCGAUCCCUGGGAGACUCUUUCAGCCAACUCCAACACUUGAGCCACAAAUUCCUGUAUUUCAAGGAGAUGAGGAUCGGAUUGAUCAUCCAUCAAGAGAUGAAGGUUUAACUCCAAUCAUACCUGGGAUUAAUAUGCCUUGGGCUCAUAUCCCAAUUUUCAUGUUUGUUCUUGUAAUUGCCGCUGUUUUACAUGAGCUAGGACAUGCUUGGGCGGCUCGAAUGGAAAAUAUUCGUGUCUCAGGAUUUGGUGUCUUCGUUUUAGGAAUCUAUCCAGGAGCAUUCACCGAAAUCGAUGACAUUGGAUUAAAUCAACGCCCAACGUGGUCUCGACUCAGAGUUUAUUGUGCUGGAGUCUGGCAUAAUCUCGUCUUAGCUGCGCUCGGAUUUGCUUUAGUUUACUCGACUCCUUUCCUUUUGGCUCCACUUUUUGUAACCGGUCAUGGUGUCACAGUUGAAGAAGUUUCUCAUGAUUCUGGACUUCAUGGUGGACUUUUACCCGGUCAAAUUGUCACUAAAAUUGACAAUUGUAAAGUUUAUCAUCCAGAAUCGUGGAUAACAUGUGCAAAAGCUUUACAAAAUGAACGUUAUGGUCGUUGCAUGGAUACAGAUAUUGUGAAAUCAGCAAAAAGUUUAAAAAUCAGCGUCUUCGAUAAUGAGCUUCAUUGCUGUGAUGAGCAGAAAAAUGCGACACCCGCUCAUAUCUGUUUCGAGAGUCAAGUGGUUCAACGAAGAAAUCACCAAGAAACAAAGGCACCGAAUUUGGCGGAAGCAUUGAAAUUGGGGAUAGCGGAAAAGCCGCGAGAUGUUGUGAGAGUUGAGACGAAAUUGAGCACACAAUUGUCAUGUCUUGACGCGAGAACAGUCACCGAUCAACCAUUGUGCAAUGACACUUUGCCAUGUGAUUCUAGCAAACAGGCGUCGAACCAGUUGACUUGUAUCUAUCCGGCACUCUACAAUGGGACAAAGCUCGUUCGUCUACAAGUGGAAAACGAUGAGAAACCGGUGCUUUUUGUCGGCAAACUUGAGGAGUUUUUGUAUCUAGUAGAAGUUUCUCCAUUGGUAUCGAGAUGGUCAUGGGUGCCGCGUGUUUUACCACAUACAGUAGAAUUGCUGGGAAAAUACGUGGUGACAUUGUCGGUUGCGCUGGGAGUGUUGAAUGCGGUGCCGUGUUUUGCUCUUGAUGGGCAACACAUCGUUGUCGCAAUCUCGCAAUCCGUGAAAAUACCUCGAAAACGUCGACAUCGACUGGUGCAAGUCUUGCUGCUCUACGGGACUUUUCUCCUCGCUGCAAACGUCGUUCUCGGCUUUUUCCGUUUCUUUCGAUCAUUUCAAAUCAUU